UUGUCGUUGGUAUCAAUUCAAGAAGCACAAAGGCCUAUGAUGACCAGCUCAGUAUCACAUCUGUUCCCGAAAGCUCUGUUUCCCUACUCCAAAGAGAUUAAGGACAUUGCGACGUCGGCAAGACCUAAUGUCUUGAUAGAUAAUGAGAACCAGUCUCUGUACUCUAUCUUGAAGCUGAUUAGAACCGAGCUGAUUGGGAAGAAACUGCAUGACGGACAGGACCACCUCUUGAUGCUGGACCUGUUUGUCAAUGAAUUCAUGGGAUUUGAUGACAUCCGCGUUAGAGAUUACUAUCCGCCCGUGAAUGCGUCGAGACUCGACGAGUUUGUGAAAGUGUUGAAUGAGCAUGCCAAUGCCCAGUCCCUCGGGUUGGACUGUGUACUGUACUACAUCUUGAAAGAUUUUGAUUCUGGGAUUGCCGAGAGCUACAUUGGCUCCGUGGACGAUAUCACCUUGAGAAUUCCUAGAUGCCUCUACCAUUUCAUCAACUCUCUGUACUAUCUGGAUAGAUUCGACAUCCUACGAUGCACAAGACACUUGAACUGUAUCGAUAAUUUCACAGACAUACCAUCGUCCAUGAUCAAGAGGCUAAUACAGAUGUCGAGCAUUGUUCCCUACCACUCUCAAAGCUCGCCUGAUUGGUCGUCAGAUACAGGGCUGAAGAACUAUAUCAAUGUCCACACCUCAAAGCCGAGCGCACGGUCAGUGAUCUCCAUGGUUAGAUCGUUGAAGCUUAACGUAUGGCUCUCUGAUGCUGACACAGUACUCAUGUACAUUGACUGUCUAACGGACUUGAAUCCGGGAAUUUCGGUUAGAGCUCUUGAAGAGUUGAGAGGAAAUAACACAAAUGUAUCGUGGAGAGCAUUGUUGAAGCUGCUCAUUAUAAAGAUACUCAUCAAGAGUAUCAAACAACAACGGUUGUUGAAGACGAUGCUGAACGAGUCAAAGAUUUCUCAUCUACAAUUUGAUCAGCUGUUCAAGGGCAUUGCGAUGUUCGCACUUGUCGAUACAAAGAUCAACGAUGACAUCUUGGAAGCGUUGUACAAUAUGACAAGUGUUGGUGAUGAGGAUGAAGAACUGUCGACGCUAAAGGAACAAUCGCCUGCGUUCUUUGCAAAGUAUAUCGACCCUUACACGAGGGAUAUUGUCCACUGCGCGAAUAACUUGAUCACCUGGAAGCUACAAAGCGUUGCAUGAUGACUAGGUAUGUGUGUAUACAUAUGUACCUUUCUUGUAUAAAUAGACAUAGACAACAUAUACACGUAGAGCCAUCAGUACGUACUUCCCUCUUCCGGUUGUUUCAAUUUCUUGUUCUCAGGCUUAGCCAUCUCCUUUCUCAAGUCAACGAGGAUGUGCUCAAUGGUGUACGAUCUUUUCCAGUGGUUCAGCGUGUCGAACUUUGACAAAUCUAUUGAACCGUCCUCCCUAACACAGGGUAAGUUGACCCUUGAUAUGAACUUCACAACAGGGGCAACUUCAGGGUAUUCGUUACCGACGUGGAUGCUGAGGGUGUAGAUUCUAUUCUCAUGAACAGAGUGAGGAGGUCCAAGUAUGGUUCCGUUCCAUUCGGUUAGCGUGGAAUCACCAGAAUCAACAAGGCCGUAUGAACAGUAGUCAGGGCCAGAUCCCUUUUCACCCUUCUCCAGCUCC